GGACAAUGGGCCCGCCCGCCGGCCGCAGCGGGGUCUUCCCGGGGUGCCCUUCCCCGCGCCCCACGUACCCGGGCGACGCUCGGCCGGCCGCGCCACCCGUGCCCCUGGACCUCCGCCCGCGGGUUUUCCGCGGUUGCAGCGGGCGGGGCGGAGGCGGAGUCAGCGACUAUUUCAGGCGCCGCCGAGCUGGGGCCGGGACAUCGGCGGCCCGGCCCGGACACAGUCUGAGCCAGGGUGAUGCUGAAGGUGACGACCUUCUUCCAAGGCCUUCCGGGCCAGCGGCCUGUGCCAGGGUCCCUCGACUUGCCCGGAAGCCCCCAGAAGUUACCCUCCAUGGCAGAGGCAGACUCAGAGGCCUCCAUGUCAGAGGCCUCCUCUGAGGACUUGGUGCCACCUCUGGAGGCUGGGGGAGCCCCUCACAGGGACGAGCAAGAGGCUUCCAAGAGGAAGGAGAAGAAGCCAAGAGGCCUGGCCAACAUGCUCAGCGUCUUCACCAAAGGGAAGAAGAAGACGACGAAGGCGCAGACGCCCAGCCCAGCGGAGCCGGAGUGCGGGCCCGAGUGCGGGUGGGCGCCGGACGGCCCCCUGCCCACAGUGGAGGAGCUGAAGGCGGCCCUGGAGCGCGGGCGCCUGGAGGCGGCGCGGCCGCUGCUGGCGCUGGAGCGGGAGCUGCAGGCGACGGCGGCGGCGGGCGGCGCGAGCCAGGCGGAGCUGGUGCGGAGCCAGAGCAAGGUGGAGGCGCUGUACGUGCUGCUGCGCGGCCAGGUGCUCGGCGUGCUGCGGUGGCCGCUGGAGGCGGCGCCCGAGCGGCUGCGCCAGGCGCUGGCCGUGGUGGCCGAGCAGGAGCGCGAGGACCGCCGGGCGGCGGAGGCGGCGGAGGCGGAGGCGGAGGGGACCUCGGCGCUGGCGGCCACGCGCCCGCGGCGCUGGCUGCAGCUGUGGCGGUGCGGCGUGGCCGAGGUGGUCCAGGAGCGCAUGGGCCGGCGGCCGGCCGCGGGCACCGAGGGCCGCUCGGAGGCCGAGAGCGCCUUCCUGCACAUGGGCCUCACCAUGAAGGAGGACCUGGAGGCCGUGGUGGAGCGGCUGAAGCCACUGUUCCCCGCCGAGUUCGACGUGGUGGCGACCUAUGCCGAGCGCUACCACGAGCACUUUGCGGCCCACCUGGCCACCAUGGCGCAGUUCGAGCUGUGCGAGCGCGACACUUACAUGCUGCUGGUCUGGGUGCAGAACUUCUACCCCAACGACAUCAUCAACAGCCCCAAGCUGGCGCAAGAGCUGCAGAGUGUCAGGCUCGGGAGUCUCCUGCCACCUAAGCAGAUCCAGCUGCUGGAGGCCACGUUCCUUUCCAAUGAGGCAGCCAAUGUGAAGGAACUGAUGGCCCGUGCCCUGGAGCUGGAGUCACAGCGCUGGGCCAAGGAUGUGGCCCCCCAGAGGCUGGAUGGCCACUGCCACAGUGAGCUGGCCAUCGACAUCAUACAGAUCAUCUCCCAGGGCCAGGCCAAGGCUGAGAGCAUCACCCCUGACCUGGGCAUGCAGAUAAAGCAAGUGCUGCUGGUGGAGCUGGCCGCCUUCCUGAGGAGCUACCAGCGCACAUUUGAUGAAUUUCUGGAGAGAUCCAAACAGCUGAGAAAUUACAGGGCUAAUAUCAUUGCCAACGUCAACAACUGUCUGUCCUUCCGGACAUCCAUGGAGCAGAAGUGGCAGAUUCCACAGGAGCCCCCAAGUCACCUGCUGGGCCCCCUGAAUGAGCUCAAGAGUCACGGCUUUGACACCUUGCUCCAGAACCUGUUUGUGGAACUGAAGCCGCUGUUCAAGAGGUUCACGCAGACCCGCUGGGCAGCCCCUGAGGAGACCUUGGAGGAAAUCAUCGCUGCUGUGGGCGGAAGGCUGCCUGAGUUCUUGGAACUGCAGGACUGUUUCAGGGAGGAGCUCAUGGAGGUGGUACACCUGCACCUGGUGAAGGAGUAUAUCAUCCGCCUUAGUAAGCGACGCCUGGUCCUCAAGACGGCCGAGCAGCAGCAGCAACUGGCAAGGCACAUUCGGGCCAACGCUGAUGUCAUCCAGCACUUCUGCACCCAGAAUGGCUCCCCCGCAACCUGGCUGCAUUCUGCCCUCCCCACCCUCGCCGAGAUCAUUCGCCUGCAAGACCCCAGUGCCAUCAAGAUUGAGGUGGCCACUUAUGCCACGUCAUACCCUGAUUUCAGCAAAGGCCACCUGAGCGCCAUCCUGGCCAUAAAGGGGAACCUAUCAAGCAGUGAAGUCAGAAGCAUCCGAAGCAUCCUGGACGUCAACAUGGGGGUACGGGAGCCGUCCAGGUCCCUAUAUUCACUUAUAAAUGUUGGUUAGCUUUUCCUGCGGCCUGACCUGCUUGUGGGCACCCAGGGAGCAAAAGGCACCACCCCACUGGGGGCUGAUCAGACGAGCCCUGGCCCCAUGGCCCCUCACAGGCCUCCUGCGUUCUGUCACUGCUUCUGCCCUGCCCUGGCUAAGGGGCCGCCCCAGGACAGCUGGAAUUGGAGACACCCUGGUUUGUCUGCAUGUCUGGUGGGGGCAGGAGCACCUAUGUGGAGAGCUGACAGGGCAACACCUAAGAAACUCUUGGCGAAUGACAGUCGAUGGCAUGUGCCCAGAAGGAGGGACAGCAUGGCUCGGGGCCCGGGAUCUCAGGUCACCCCUUGUCCAGGGGCCUUUCCACAGUUUGCCUUAUAACUGUGCUCUUCGUGGGUGGGUCUCAGUGCCCUUUUCAGCUCCCUGGGGCCAGGGUCUGAGCCCAGGCCUUGAGCUCGGCUUUGUGAGUCUGGAUUCGAGGACAGAACUGAAAGGGAAAAAAGGAAAAGAUGAGCUCUUACCUGGGGCCUGGAAGGGGGCUUGUGGGGUCGCAUGGUGAGUGGGGCAGAGCCAGCAUCAGAACCUGCUGCCCAGUUGCUCAUGACUCCUGCUGGCUGCCCCCGGGACUCAGGCCUGGAUCCCUCUCUGUGUUCCCCAAGGGCUUCCCCCAAGGGUGCUCCCAGGAGGCCAUGUCAUCCACCACAGCCGGGCCCUAGACCUCCUGGGUCUUCUCAGGUUCACCAGCUGCCUCCCCCUGCCCCCUGCCCCAUGCAGGGACAGGCCCCGGGGGUGCCUCCAUGGACCCUGCCACCUGAAAGUCCAGCUGAGGUCUGGGCAGGGGCAGGGGCAGGGCAAGCUAGACCUCUGACACUUGGCCUCCGUGUUAGUCUCCUAUUGCUGCUGUAACAAACUUCUGCAAACUUAGUGAAUUAAAACAAGAACUUGAAGGGCCGGCCCGUGGCUCACUCGGGAGAGUGUGGUGCUGAUAACACCAAGGCCCCAGGUUCGGAUCCCAUAUAGGGAUGGCCGGUUCGCUCACUGGCUGAGCGUGGUGCUGACAACAACAAGCUAAGGGUUAAGAUCCCCUCACCGGUCAUCUUUUUAAAACAACAACAACAAACUCCCAAGAACUUGAGACCUGGUCAGUUAGGUCAGUUGGUUACAGUGCAGCCUUGUAAGACCAAGGUCAGAAGUUCAGAUCCCCAUACCGGCCGGCUGACAAAACAACCAAAAAUCCCCGGAAACUUGUUCUACAGUUCUGUAGGUCAGAAGUCUGACACAGGGCUGAAAUCAAAGUGUCAGCAGGGCUGCAUUCCUUCUGGAGCGUUCUGUUCCUGGCUUUUUCCAGUUUUCAGAGGCAUCCCGUAUUUCCAGACUCAUAGCCCUUCCAUCUUCAGGAAUUCUUUCCACAGCACAGCACUUGGACCCCCUCUUCUGCCUCUUCCACUUUUAAGGUCCCUUGUGAUUCCACUGGGCCCACCCAGGUAAUCCGAGAUCAUCUCCCUCUUUUAAGGUCAGCUGAUUAACAACCUUAAUUGUGUCUGCAACUUUAUUUUUUGGUGGCUGGCCAGUACAGGGAUCGAACCCUGGACCUUGGUAUUAGCACCACGCUCUAACCAAUUGAGCUAAGCGGCCAGCCCUCCAUCUGCAACUUUAAUUUCCAUUUGCUGUAUAACCUAAUAUAGUCAGAGGCUCUGGAGAUUAGCAUGUGGACAUCCUUGGGGGUCCAUUAUUCUGCCCACCAGAGCUUCCAUCCGGCCGCUGUGCUGUAGGGCACCUCGUUCUACCCCAUGAAAGUGUGAACUCAGUCUCCCUGCUGGGCCCCUGCUACCCCAGAGGCCCUGUGCCCCUGGGCUGAGUUUCCUCCCGGCAGUGCAGACUCGGAUAUGACCCAGCCUCGCUUACGCCUCUGAGGUGACAAGAUGGUUUGCAGGCAGCUCUCUCAGGUCUGUCCUCUUCUCCCAGGUACUGCCUUAGAACUGUGGCCAGGAGCUGGCCGGCGCAAAUGAUGCACUGAGGUCUUUGUACAUUUGUAGGAUUAGUGUGUUUGAUGUUAAUAUUAUUAUAUUUUUUUAUGUAAUUUUAUCAAUACUAUGUUUCACACUCCAGGAUGUUGCUG